AUGAGCUCGACUGACGCCGCUUCAAAGGUACGGCCCUAUGGUGACCUAAAAGAGGUCAUUAGCACCAAGGACUGCUAUUGCUUGAACGAGGACCCAAACAAGCCUUUUCGUAACCUCUUUGUAAGUGACGAGACGUUGCAAUUAAAGUCGGAUGCCGAUGAGCAAUUGAUGCUCUACAUCGAGUUCCAAGACACCGUCAAGCUCUUUUCGCUCAACAUCGUGGCUCCUUUGGGCGAAGAGGCUCCUCGUGUCAUCAAGCUUUUUGUAAACCGUCCCAAUCUCGGCUUCACGGACGCAGGAGACGUCGAGCCGACGCAGACCAUUGAGCUCCAAGAAGAAGAUUUGUUGCCUGAAAAUGACGUCGAGCUGCGUUUUGUCAAGUUCCAGCGCGUCAAAAAUGUGACUGUUUUUGUUGACGAAAACAAUGGUGCUGACGAGACUGUCAUUUCCAGUCUCCAGUUCUUUGGCGAGCCUUUGGCGGGUACCAACAUGAACGAUUUCAAAAAGAUUAGCGACGAGUAA